AUGUCGUCAAUCACGUUAACCAAGGAGUCCCACACUAACCCUGCGAAGUUCAGGGUCAAAUACGAAAACAGUAACAAGAUCCUCAACCCGGGUGCCGCAAACAAGCUGAUCAUCAACGAUGCCUUACCUGCACUCACCACAACUUCGAAAGUCGCCAUUAUUGGUGCCGGUUUCGGUGGCAUUGGAAUGGCAAUCAAGACGAUCAAGGACUUGAAAGUUGACGACGUUACCAUUUUCGAAAGACACGAUAACUUUGGCGGCACUUGGUACUCAAACACCUACCCUGGUUGUGCCUCCGAUAUUCCUGCAUUAUGGUACUCCUACUCGUACGCCUUGGCGUCCAACUGGACCAGAAUCCAACCACCACAGUAUGAAAUGGAAGAAUACAUACAAAGAAUCGUAGACCAGUUCAAAUUGAGAGAAAAAGCCAGGUUUGAGACAUCUAUUGAUAAAUGUGUCUUUAAUGAAGAGCUGGGAAUGUGGACUUUAUAUGGACACGACAUGAAGACGGGCCAGAGGUUGGAGCACAAAUGUCCAAUAUUAGUUUCUUGUCUGGGUGGAUUAGUUCACCCUGCUCAAUUUCAAGCAGAAGGGUUGGAGACUUUUAAAGGCAAAUACAUGCACUCGGCAAUUUGGGACCAUUCCGUUGAUUUCAAAGGCAAGAAUGUUGUCAUUGUUGGUAACGGCUGCUCGGCCAACCAAGUUGUUCCUGCUUUGCUCAACGACUCAAAGUACGAUGUUGCGUCAAUCACCCAAAUAGCCAGGUCCAAGCAUCACAUUAUGCCACCGGUUCCAAAGGUUUUACUUUGGAUAUACAACUUGUUGAGCUUCCACUACUACGGAUUGCUCUUGGUCCGCUGGCUCGUUAUAAUCCUUGCCGAGUUGAGAUUCCCGCUUUAUAAAGGCAAUGGGUUCUUAUCGAGAUUUGUUCGUUGGAUCAACGUCAAAUUAUCGGAACACUACAUCAGAAACAAUGCACCAAAGGAGUUUCAAGAUAAACUCACUCCCGAUUUCAAAAUCGGAUGCAAGAGGUUGAUUUUCGACUACAAAUACGUUCCAUCGUUGAAUGACCCAAGGAUGAAUUUAACCAACGAGCUGAUUAAGAAAGUAGUCGAGGAUGGUAUCAUUUUGACUAAUGGUGAGUUUGUCAAGGCUGACAUCAUUGUUGCUUGCACGGGCUACAACAUUUCCAAAUCGUUCAAGCUCCCCAUAGAAACCACCAAAGGCAAAUCGGUAAACCAGUAUUGGGACACGGAAGGUCCAAGUGCUUAUCGUACUCUUUUGGUGAAAAACAUCCCCAAUUUGUUCUUAAUUGGUGGACCAAACUCUGCCACGGGCCACUCCUCCGUGGUUAUGGCCAUCGAGAAUGGUAUUGAGUACUACAAAAAGGUUGCCAAACCAAUCUUGGAAGGUAAGGAGAAGUCGGUGGUUGUCAAAACCGAGGCAUAUGAUCGUUGGUUCAACGACAUUCAAGCAGAGUUGCGCAAGAGUGUGUUUGGUUCUGCAUUUGGUGGUUGUGUUUCGUGGUAUAGCAAUGGUUCCGUGAACUCGACUGCUUUCGCUUGGAGCCAGCUCUACUACUGGUACAUUACCAAGUUUCCAAACUAUAAAGACUUGAUUUAUCAACCAGUGACUGAGACCAAAAAGACUGCCUAA